AUGGAAAGAAUCAACGAGCUACAAUCCUUUAAUUUGUCUGAAGAGAAUGAACGAGAGAUUGUCUUUCUCGAGUCAUCUUUCUUUAGGUCACCCAAUCGACACCUUCCAACACCAGCGCAAGUGAAGGCUUCAUCUGGGGAUGCGUCCACAAGCUCUCAACCACGGCCUGUCACAUUUGAAAAUCUUGGACUUAUCGUCAAAUUCGGUCCUUAUGUUACAGUUGCAGAAGCCCGAUGUCUUCGGUUCAUUAGGAUGACCUUUCAAGAGAGGGUCCCCGUCCCGGAAGUUUUUGGAUGGCGAAUUGAUGAAGAGAGCAAUGUUUUUAUCUACAUGGAGCCUAUAGAAGGGCAGACUUUACUGGAUCGUUGGGAUUGGCUGAGUACUCUGGAUAGAAAUGCACUUUGUGACCAACUACAUCACAUCAUCGGUGGUCUACGUCAACUCGAACAAGAAGCUUCAGACAAGUAUAUUAGAUCUCUUGGGCAGAAGCGACUUUUGGAAUAUGUCUUCCAAGAAGAGCGGGAAGCCGGGCCCUUCUCCAGCAUCGAGGAAUUUAAUGACUGGUUUUCUUUCUUACCGCAGUCGCGUUUUCCUAUGUUAAAUAGGUACAAGGACCCUUAUAGAGAGUUUCUGCCCGACACUGGGGAGAUUAAAUUUACUCAUGCGGACCUUCAUCGAGGCAACAUAAUCGUGUCUACUACCGGACCAGCGCGCAUUCUUGCCAUUGUGGAUUGGGCACAAGCAGGGUGGUAUCCGGAUUAUUGGGAAUACUGCAAAGCCCGUUAUACGUGCUGGUAUGAGGAUGAAUGGGGCCUGGUCUGGAUUGAGAAGUUUUUAUUCCCACGAGUGCAAGAGUUUGAGAUCUUUGCUGGAUACACUAUGGCUAUGGGUGCCAUUUGA